AUGGCCUCUGGAGACUACCGACACCACGUGUGGGGUGGAGCCCUGUGCUCCGUGGUCCUGGGGAUGGUUAGAAUGGGAGCCAGUGGCCCAGCCCACCGUGAAGGUCCUUUAGGUCCCGUUUGCCCUGGAAGGGAUACACUUACGGAGUCUCUGUUGCACCUUCAGCUCUCAGCAAGGGUGAAGAAGGUGUGGAAGCCCCAGCUGCUCCAGCGGGAGCUGUACAGCGAGAUCUUGGAUAAGAAGUUCACUGUGACUGUCACCAUGCGGACUUUGGAUCUCAUCGACAAGGCCUAUGGGUUCGACUUCUAUAUCCUCAAGACCCCAAAGGAGGACCUGUGCUCCAAGUUUGGGAUGGAUCUGAAGCGAGGUAUGCUAUUGAGGCUUGCCCGCCAGGACCCUCAGCUGCACCCGGAUGACCCCGAACGGAGGGCAGCCAUCUACAGCAAGUACAAGGACUUUGCCAUCCCAGAGGCGGAGGCCGAGUGGGUUGGCCUGACAUUGGAGGAGGCUGUGGAGAAGCAGAGGCUCCUGGAAGAGAAGGACCCUGUCCCCCUAUUCAAGAUCUAUGUGGAGGAGCUGGUGGAGCAGCUUCGGCAGCAGGUCCUGUCAGAGCCCGCAGUGGUGCAGAAGACAGCCAGUGGGAAGUGACCACAGGGCCCGGCUUCCUCUCGGCCACAUCCUGGAGUGGCCGCACGGGUUCCUGUGUACUGGCCACACGGGGUAGUCUUUUCAGAGGCCCUAGGGACACUGGAGACCUGGAACUAAGCAGUGGCCGUCUAGGUGGGUGAUGGUGGAUAGCAGCAUUGAUUGUGCCUGUGGGUCUGGUAGUGAGUAAACGGAGCCCAGCUGCGUGUGUGCUCUUCCUGGGGCUU